AUGCAUUUGUUUGUUGUCCACAAGAGUCGGGACACUGUCUGCGAAUAUCCCGAUUGCGGCAAAAAGUUCAAACUUUUGUCAGCAAUGCGAAAGCAUUACCGCAUUAUCCACACCGACGACAAGCCAUUCGCGUGUCCGCACGAAGAGUGCGGACAACGGUUUAUAGAUAAACACGAUUUGAAGUCACAUUUGGUUUGCCACGAAACUGAUCGCCGAUUUGCCUGCGAUUUCAUUGGCUGUCAAAAGGUUUAUAUCAAUCAAAGCACUCUUGAAACUCACAAACGGAUCCAUUUGAAUAAACCGACCAUUAAGUGCACUGUCGAGGGAUGCGCUCAAAGGUUUAAUUCAUACAAUGAGGUGGAGAAACACCGGGCGAGUGUCCACUCUAUGCCCCGAAAGGUCUCAACGCGUGUACGGGUGGCGUGUCUUUGGCCGGGCUGUGACUUUACGGGUGUUAGUUAUAGACUUAAACUGCAUCAAAACACACACACGGGUGAGCGGCCGUAUGUCUGCGAUUGGCCCGAAUGUGGCAAACGGUUCCCUCGACCCGACCAUUUGAAAGAGCAUAAGAAUGUGCACAACAAUGUCAAGCCCUACGCCUGUCAUUGGCCCGGAUGUCAGUACCGGUGCUCUUACCGCUCUAGUAUAACCAUACAUUAUAGACAAGUACACAAAAAGUGA